AUGUUGCAUCUCCAGAAAAUAGCCCAGAGGGAAACUCCUCGCAGGCUGUCCCAAUCUGCUCUCCGAAUUAGUCAGUCACGGACUCGUAGAGGUUUCGCGACUGCUUCAGAACCAUACGAAGUUAUAGUCAUUGGCGGAGGUCCAGGAGGCUACGUCGCUGCUAUUAAAGCUGCUCAGCUGGGACUGAAGACAGCAUGCAUAGAAAAGCGCGGCGCCCUCGGUGGAACCUGUCUCAACGUUGGAUGCAUACCUUCAAAAGCAAUGUUAAAUAAUUCGCAUAUGUACCACCAAGCCCAACAUGACAUGCAGCGUCGAGGUAUUGAUGUCUCCGGUGUCAGUCUCAAUCUUUCUACUAUGUUAAAAGCGAAAGACGACGCCGUCACCGGUCUUACAAAAGGCGUUGAAUUCUUGUUCAAACAAAAUAAGGUUGACUACAUAAAGGGUUCCGCUUCCUUCGUCUCUCCAACCACCAUUUCAGUCGCCUUGAAUGACGGAGGUGAAACACAAGUUGAAACCAAGAACGUCAUUAUUGCUACUGGCUCAGAAGUUGCACCGUUCCCUGGAGGUGGAAUUGUGAUCGACGAGGAGCAGAUAGUCAGCUCAACCGGUGCCCUGUCACUACAAAAGGUCCCGGAGAAAAUGGUUGUCAUUGGGGGAGGUGUCAUUGGUCUUGAGCUUGGUAGCGUUUGGAGUCGACUCGGGGCAGAUGUGACCGUGGUCGAGUUCUUAGGCGGUAUCGGUGGCGCGGGUAUCGACGAGGAAGUUGCCAAACAGUUCCAGCGAAAUCUCACAAAGCAAGGAUUGAAAUUCAAAUUGAACACCAAGGUGCUUUCUGCCGAAAAAGAGAACGGCAAAGUCGUUCUUAAGACUGAGGCUGCGAAGGGUGGUAAAGAAGAAACUCUUGACGCCGAUGUCGUCCUGGUCUCAGUUGGUCGUCGUCCCUAUGUCACUGGCCUCAACAUCGAAGCUGUUGGUCUUGAGAUGGACAACAAGGGCCGUAUCGUUAUUGAUGACCAAUUCAAUACUUCUGUGAAGAACGUCAAGUGUAUUGGUGAUGUCACCUUUGGACCAAUGUUGGCACACAAAGCCGAGGAAGAAGGUAUUGCUGCUGUCGAAUACAUCAAAUCUGGUCACGGACAUGUCAAUUAUCAUGCAAUUCCUGCCGUCGUUUAUACUCACCCGGAAGUAGCUUGGGUCGGAAAGAACGAACAGGAACUCAAAGCCGCUGGCGUUCAAUACAGCAUCGGAAAAUUCAACUUCACCGCCAACUCACGGGCCAAGACUAACCUUGACACUGAUGGAUUCGUCAAGAUCAUAACGGAGAAAGAGACUGACAGGAUUAUCGGUGUCCACAUCAUGGGCCCCAACGCUGGUGAAAUGAUUUCCGAAGGGGUGUUAGCUAUGGAAUACGGUGCCAGUGCUGAGGAUGUAGCACGUACUUGUCAUGCCCACCCGACUCUCAGUGAAGCUUUCAAGGAAGCUGCUAUGGCUGCAUACUCAAAGGCGAUUCAUCAGUAG